AAAUAUGGCGUUAGAGUUCAGGUCCUUCAAGGACGACGCGUGGUACGACGCUCGCGUCGUCACGGAGGGCCGCCGUAACUGCCGCCUCAGAAUCAAGUUCUUCAACUUCGGCGACGAUGAGGACGAGGUCGUCCACUCCAAGCACUUGAAGAACCUCGACGGCGUCGACGCUCUCAGGUCUCGCUUCAGGAAAAUCUCUUCCCAAUUUCAGGACUCCGAUUGCUCCCGGGUCGAACCCGGCCUGCUCGUCUGCGCCGCCCGACCCGACGGCGACUACGACAUGAAAUUCUUCGACGCCGUUUUGACCGGGGUGGUGCGCAACGAGCAUCGGGUUUCGGAAAAUGGAGAGGAAGUGUGCACAUGCAGCUUCAGCCUCGAAUGGGUUGACAGUGGUGAAGCUGGUUCAUGCAGUGUUGAGAACAUUUGCAGGGUGCAGAUUGCCACGGAUGAAGAGUUGGAUCCGGCUUUGAUUUCGUUUCUGGACAAGGCCAGGGAGGGAAUCGAGAGUGCUUCUUGUCCUCUGUUGAGGCUCCAAGGGCGACGCAACUCACACAAGGAUAGAGGCUCUUCCAUGGCAUCCAUAGCUCUGAGCGGCUCUGUUGAAGGAAUGGGUACGGAUCUUAAUCCAUUGAGGAUUUCUUAUGAAGUUGCUCAUGAUUCCAAAAAGCGCCACAAGGAUACAAGUACUCCCGGGGGAUCUUUAGCUCUGAGCUGUGACGUUGAAGGAAUGGGUGGGAAUCCUUCUGAUAUAGAUGGACAUGAUGACAUGGAUGUAGGAGGGGCUCUCUAUAUGGUAAUAGUUGAGAAUCUGGAGAAGGAAAUAUCACCAUUCACAAUUAUGGAAUUUAUACAACAGCAAGUUUCAAUCACAUGUCAAGCCUCUGUUUCGGCAAGCAAGUCAUCGGAAUUGUAUACACGUGCAAUUAUCCUGUUAGACAACAAAGAAAAUCUUGAGAAGUUUUCUGACUUUCUUGAGAGUCCAGAUCACGUCAUCAUUUCGUCGGCCGGAAGGCCUUGGUUCGUGACUGAGAAAAAAGCAUUACCCAAGACACUAAAGCCAUCAAACCAAACUUUCAUGCUUUUAUCUCAAACGCCACUGGAGAGAAGAACCCUAAGUAGCAAUGAGUUGAGUGUUGUCCUUUCGGGGACUCGGGAGUACAUGGAAGCUAGGGAGCUACAGAUAAUGUUUAAAGAGUUCACUAAACACCAGUGUGGACUUCAGCGGGGGUUACAUCUUGAAGAGGGAAAGAUUUCACAGAAGUACAGGAGAAUGGUGUAA